AUGAGUAUCAACGCGGCGAUCGGCCGGCUGUUCGGCGCCGCUUCUGUGGCUCUCUUUAGCGUUGCUGCCUACUGGACCUACAGCGCGCAGGCAAGCAAACGUUCACAGCUUGUGGUGCAGCCCGGCUGCUCUCUCGUCACAACUGCCACCGCUACGCCGUCGACCGUAAGCACAGGCAACGGCAGCAGUCAGGGUUCGGUGAGCAGUGAUGUCGCGCUGUGGUUUCCCGUUGUGCUGCCGCCUCACACAUCACCCGCCCAGGCCUCCACGCUCACCGCCAACUUUCUGCAGCAGUGCAACGAAGCAGCGGCGCAUGGGCUGCCGUCCACUGCCGAAGUGCGCUGCUACGGCGGCUACCUCGCCAGCCUCAACUACGAGCGCCGCAUCCCAAAUUGGGUAAUGGAGGUAGUUGACUACCGCAAGCUGCGCUCCGAGCGCCGACCCUCCUCACCGGCAGUUGCCGCCACCAGCGGAGACGACGCCGCGCCGGGGGAAGAGGUGGGGUGUGACGGCAGCCGCGGUGGUGACGAAGUCUCGCGCAACCGCAGCAACUUCUACGCUGACGACACCGUCCCCGCGGCCUUCCGCGUCGGACCCGACAGCUACACGUCACGCGGCAUGAGUCGCGGCCACCUCGCCGCCGCGCAGUUGCACAAGGCAUCGCAGGCGGAAAUGGACGCGACCUUCAAUAUGAACGCGAACAUCGUGCCGCAAGACAUGACACUGAACGCAGUGGAUUGGCUGCGGCUGGAGGGUCUGACGCGCAAGCUGAGCAAGGAGGUGAGCGUCGGGCAGCAGCAGCCUGGACGUGGUCAGCGACGCGGCGACAGUCCACCAGCAGCGAAUACCGGCGAAGCGGAAGGCGUGGGUAGCGCUGGCAAGCUGUACGUCGUGAGCGGUCCUGCGUUCGUUCCCCGAUUCAUGCGUGUGGAGCACCGUCCGGACGGCACCGAAAUCCACGCGCCGCUGUCCUCAGCGGACGUGAGCGCGGCGCUGAGGAAGACGGCAGCGCCAGUGAAGCUGAUGAUGACGUACGAGCUCACCGGCAACCCCGCGCGUGGCACUCCCGUCGCCGUGCCGAGCCAUCUGUUCAAGGUGUUUCUGGCCGAGGAGGACGGCGGCCGGUCACACUCAGCGGCAGCGUUCAUGAUGCCAAACGGACCGAUCGUAGAGCAGUUGCCCCUCACCGCGUACCAGGUGCCGAUUGAGCAACUGCAGCGCAUCACGGGGCUCCAGUUUUUUCCAGGGAUGGACGCGACUCGCUUACCUGACCUCUGCAAGACGCACCAGUGCGACGCACGGCCGCCCGCGCUCUUCCAGCGGUACCGGCAGGUGGCCCAGCUGCGGGCGGCCAAAAGCGUGCCUCGGCUUCGGCAGACCUACGCGACCCUGCAGGCCUCCGCCGCGGGCGGGAAGCUUGACGAGACCGUCGUGCGUGAGUACGAGAGGCGCGCAGAGGAACUUUUGGCGGGGGCUGCUGGUUCGGGGGGCCGGGAGGAGUGGCGGCGGGAUUAG